AUUUCCUUUACAGCCAUUGAAAGUGAACCUAUUAUAUUUAUCACUUGUGAUAAAAACCCCCAUUUUUUGUAGCUACUCUUUUUAUAUCGGUCGCUCGACAGUUUGUUUCGAGGCCUCGUAGAAAUAAGAACAGUUUAAUUGUGAAUUAAUUACCUCAAUUUAGUUAAAGCCAUGGAUUACAGGAUACUAGUCUUCUUCGUAUUUCUCCAUUGUUCUAUCAAUGCAUUACCCUACGAAGAAGACUCGCGUGAAAGUGGUGAUCUUACAGUCAAUUUAGGAAAUAUUAUCCAAAAAUUAUUACAAGACAAGCAACCAGUAGAAAAACCUUUGGAACUAGGAAAGAGAAUUAUUAUAGAUAACCCGAAACCUGAGGAUAAAGAUAGCCCAAAACCCGAGGAUAAAAAUAGUCCAAAACCCGAGGAUAAAGACAAUCCAAAACCCGAGGAUAAAGAUAAUCUAAAACCCGAGGAUAAAGACGUUCCAAAACUCGAGGAUAAAGAUAAUCCAAAACCCGAGGAUAAAGAUAAUCCAAAACCCGAGGAUAAAGACAUUCCGAAACCCGCGGGAUACGCAGUGACAGAACUUGUAAUUGAUAUUCCUGACGAUACGCCAAAAGGACCUAUCGUUACUAAUUUUUCAAUUGCUAAACCUCUAAAUAUAGCUUCUAACCCAAUCCCUUCUUUAGAUAAAGAUAAAAACACAAACAAUAGCGGAAACGAUUUAGAUAAAGGAAAAGAAACCGAAGAAACAGAUGAAAAAGAAGAAGGCACAGGUAUCAAAGAGUACUUCAACGGCAUCAAGCAAGGGAUAGUCAAUGGAUUUAAUAGUAUUGUACUAAAACGUAGAAACAGUGAAGAAAACCACACGGAUGAUUUUAACACGGGACCUUUUAAUUUUUUCAAUAAAAUCCACAAGAAGAGCUCGGAUUUUGCCCAAAAAAUUCACAAUUCUAUUUUUGGUGGCCAGAAAGAAGAUAAUUUUUAG